AAUAAUCACACUAACUAAUAGUUUUAGAUUCUUGUCUGCAGCUUAAUUGAAAACAAGACUGAUAUUGCGAGCAUGAUAUUGGAGUGGUCACGGACUUGGGUGUGAAUAUAUGUAUCCUGUAUAGUUAUGCACAUGAGCACGAAUACUUUUUAAAAAAUGAACAGUAGGAGUAACAUAGCUUAAUAAUAUUCCAGUACGAGUGUAGCAUCUCAUUGAAGAUGACGAGUUACUCGAAGUUCAUCCACAUUUUUUUUGUAUAAUUUAAUAGGAAGCUUUGGAAACUAAGACAGAAAAAAAUGUCCUUUUUCAGAUAUAUCAAAAACAAGGAGGAAGGAACAAUGAUCCCUUUGAAGUAACUUUUAACCAAGUUUCCAUUGACUUGAAGAAACUUUGUCCAAAAAUGCAGAGAAAGGGAGGGUUUGAUCUGUUUCUCAACAGGCUAACAUGCAUUGCAGUUGUUUCUGCAUUAAUCAAAACCUGUAUGGGAGGUGAGUUAUAUGAAUCCAAAUCCUUUUUUAGCUUCAUUAGAUCUGUUGAUCCACAAAACGAACUUGGGAUUCAAUGGAACCACUUGUCACAGAAUCCAUGCUUGCAUAAGCCUAAUGGUGUGAAGUGCAAUCUGCAGGCUACCUCAAUAUUAGAAAUAAGGCUUGAAAAUCUGAAUCUUAGUGGUGUAAUAGAUGCAGAUGCCCUCUGCAAACUUCGAAAGCUUCAAGUUCUUAGCUUAUCGAGGAAUCUUAUACACGGAACGAUACCGAGCUCGAUAUCGUACUGCACUAGACUGAGGUAUCUCAACUUAAGCAGCAAUUCGUUAAGUGGGAGAGUUCCUCACACUCUAACCAAGUUGAAGUAUCUCAAGAGUUUGGACAUCUCAAACAAUCAUUUUACCAACAUCGGUCCAUCUAUUGGAAAGGAAUUCGACCACUCUAAUAAGUAUUUAAAGAAACCAGUUUCAUUACAAAGUGAUGGUCAUUUAAACACAACAAGAAAGGAUGAACACGCUGCAGGUGCCUCAAAGGAUUCCAGUGAAGAUAAUUCCAUCGAUCUAUUGGUUGUUUUGAUCCCUUUAUAUCUUGGCUUUGGGUUCCUCUUUGUGUUCUUAUACUAUAUGAGAAAGAGGGCUGAUAAAAUAGCGAAAGAGAAAGAAGCACAAAAGGUGCUUAAAGAAACACCGCUCAAACUCUCUCCGAUCAAUGCUAUACAGGAAGUGAAGCAAGAGGUUAGAAACCAAGAGCUAGUUUUUUUUGUUGAGGACAAUCAAAGCUUUAAACUAGAUGAUCUCCUCGAAGCCUCGGCUGAUUUACAAAGCCAGGGCAUUUGCAGUAGCCUUUACAAGGUAAUACUUAAGAACAAUGCCACUUAUGCUGUCAAAAGAUUGAAGAAGUUGCAAGUGUCUUUUGAAGAGUUCAGCCAAACAAUGACGCGAAUCGGGAACUUGAAGCAUCGAAAUAUCCUACCCCUUGUUGGCUACAAUUGUACAAAUGAAGAAAAGCUUCUGUUCUACAAGUAUCAGAACAAUGGAAGCCUCCUAAACUUGCUACAAGGCUACAUUGAAGGGAAAAGAGAAUUUCCAUGGAGACUUCGAUUGACAAUAGCAAGUGGACUUGCAAGGGGUUUGGCAUUCAUAUAUCAGAAUCCAAAUGAUGCAGACGAGAUCAUUCCUCAUGGAAAUCUAAAGCUCUCAAACAUAUUGCUGGGUGAAAGCAUGGAACCAUUGAUAAGUGAAUAUGGGAUUUCAAGGCUUUUAGACCCCAAAAAGAAUUCCCUUUUCUCCAAUGGUUAUACAGCACCCGAGAAAAGUUUAUCGGAAAAAGGCGAUGUUUUCAGCUUUGGAGUCAUCCUACUGGAAUUACUAACUGGUAAGACAGUGGAAAAAACCGGAGUAGACCUUCCGAAGUGGGUGAAGUCCAUGGUGAGGGAAGAAUGGACUGGAGAGGUUUUUGACAAGGAGGUCACUAAAACCGCAUUGCAGUGGGCAUUCCCUUUGCUAAAUAUUGCUCUGAAGUGUGCAUCUUAUUCACCACUAGAUAGACCAACUACAUCAGAGGUCCUAGAAACAAUCGAUGAGGCUUUGUUUGCACACGAUGAUCGUUCGGUUUCUUCGAUGUCUUCCUGGGAAUCAGGCCACCCAGAUUGCUGUAUACUUCACACAGUCAUAUCUGAAACUUGGGAUACUCCAGGAUCAAAUUGUUAGUAGACACUUCAGUAUGUUCUUAUAUUCCAUUCUCCCUUCAGCACCAGAACAAUCUUUAUCAUUUUGUCGAUUUUGCAGGAAGAAGCCCCUCCAUGUUAAGUUCAAUAAUCCAUCUAUCUUGAAUAUUUUGUGGCCUAAAUUAUAUGAUCGUGUAUUUGUGUCAUGUUUGUAAUAUUUUGUUGAAGGAAUAUAGGUUCACUGAUAUCUUGAAUUCUAA